GGAUGAAAAAGUAUUUCCUAUCACGUCUGAAUUGUAAUCAUCAUAACGGUAAGUUGAUGAUAGAUUUGAUUGUUAAUUUUACUUUUCAAUUUCUUUAUUUAGUGAGUCAGGUAAACAACACACAGAAAAUGAUUAACGAUAAUCAUUCAACAUCGUCAAUAACUUGGUGUAAUUGUUAAUUUGUUGAUUAGUUUAAUGUUUCUCACGAAUUGUUAUCAACAAUUAAAAACAAUUCAGUUGUAUACCAGUUUGAAUCAGAGGGAUUUUCAUCAACCCUUAUCCUAUUUAAACUACAUGAUUUGGUUAAUAUCUAAUUACAGUGUCUAAGUCAACAAUCAAAUCAAGAAUCUCAUCUCAAGAGGUAAUACAAAACUUGGUUAAUUAACUAAUUAUCAUUGAUCGCAAUUCACCUAAAACCUUCCCGAGGACAUUUUUGUGUCUUGGUUGUGAUUCUUAACUAGCAUCGUAUUUGUUUAAUUGUUUAUGUUUCGAUCUUGAUUUUAAUCAUCUUUGCUUUCAUUGUUAAUUAAAUAUCUUAAUUUGCCAACAUCACAACUCUAAUUAUCUUGAUUGAAGUUUGAUUACAAAGUGUUAAUUCAGUUAUCAUGGAGAGAGAUAGAGAUUGGAGAGACGGUGCCAAUGCUGCUAAUCAUUUAUUAUCCUCAUCAACGAUAAUUGAUAUUUCGAAUGGUUUAAAUGAAGGUAAUUUAAUUAACAGCAAUCAAACACCACAAUCAACAGUGACCACUGAAUAUGGUAAACAAUUAACGUACAGAUUUAAAUCACAAAAUGCCUUCACAAACUCUGCCGAUGUUUAUACAAAUUUGAAUACUUUUAAUAAUCAAUCGACAUUUAAUACCAAUCACCACAAUCACAACCAUAGUCACACUAGUGGGAAUACUAAUACGAAUAAUAAUAAUGGUGGAGGAAAUGGAAAUGGAAUAAAAAGUAAAUCGUCGAAAAUAUUUCCUGGUCGAAUUCGAAAACGAGUAGUUCUAAAAAAUGGUUCGGUAAAUUUAUCGAAAGAAAGAGUCGAAAAGCGAUCACAAAGAUAUUUACAAGAUACUUUUACGACGAUGGUGGACAUUCAAUGGCGAUGGAAUCUUUUGGUGUUUAGUAUGGGGUUUCUAUUGAGUUGGUUGGGAUUCGCUGUGAUUUGGUAUUUGAUUGCUUAUGCUCAUGGAGAUAUGGACGGAGUUAUACCGGGAGGAGGUGGAGGAGGUGGUGGUGGAAGUGGUGGUGGAAGUGGAGAUAAACCAAAGUGUGUAAAUGGAGUUGAAUCUUUUGCAACUGCUUUUCUUUUCUCUAUUGAGACUCAACAUACAAUCGGAUAUGGAAGUCGUUACACUAACGAGGAAUGUCCUGAGGCGAUUUUCGUUAUGUGUGUCCAAUCGAUAACUGGAGUUAUGAUUCAAUGUUUUGUGGUUGGUUUUGUUUUCGCUAAAUUAUCUCGACCCAAGAAAAGAUCUCAAACGUUAAUGUUCAGUCGAAAUGCUUGUAUUUGUCUUCGAGAUGGAAAAUUGUGUCUAAUGUUUAGACUUGGUGAUGUUCGUAAUCGAUCUCAUAUUAUCGGUGCUUCCAUUUCGGCUUUGGUGAUAGAUCGUAAGGUGACAUCGGAAGGAGAAGUGGUUCCUUAUUAUCAUAAUCGAGUUGAGGUUAAAUUUGACAAUAGUGAUUCUAAUGUUUUCCUUGUUUGGCCUGCGACCAUUGUGCAUGAAGUAGAUUCGAGUUCUCCUUUUUAUUCAAUGUCGGCUGAUAGUUUGGUUCGAGAACGUUUUGAGAUUGUUGUUAUUCUGGAGGGAACAAUUGAAUCAACAGGUCAAUCGAUUCAAGCUCGAACUUCUUACCUUCCCUGUGAAAUAUUGUGGGGCCAUCGAUUUGAACAGAUGAUUGGUUAUCGUAAAGAUACUGGACAAUAUCGAGUCGAUUAUUCAAAAUUCAACAACACUUAUGAAAUCGAUACACCAACAUCAUCAGCUAAAGAUUAUUAUGAGUACCAAAAGUUUGUUAAUUCAACAAGUGGAAGAGGAUUAAUACCCAUGGAGAUCAUCAAUGGAGGAACUACAAUCAGCCAAAUUAAAGAGGAAGAUGAGAAUCAAGCUUAUUCACCUGAUUCUGGUGUGUCCAAUAAUAGUUACGAUCUAAUCGCUUAUCCAUUCAGGUCAGAUUGAAACGAGCGAUCAACAAUCAUCAUCUCAUGACGAAGUAACAAUCAAUUCAGUUGUUCAUUGUAAACAUUUUCAUUGAAAAACAUUAUGUUCAUAAACAAAAUAAUUUCCAAUUCAAAUUGUAAUUAGUGAUCUGCAAAUUCAACCACUUGGAUUAUAAUUAAAUUGUCAAUUUAUAUUAAGUUUUCAUCUUGUGUCUCUCUAAAAUGUACUAAAUAUUUAAUUGUCCUCUUUGAUUGUAAAUUUAAGCGAACAACAAAUUAAAAUAGAUUUUAUAUUUUUACAAUUGUUACAAA